AGAGGCGCUGACGUCAGUUUUAAAAGCAAGGCCGCAGAAAAAUUAUUUUAUAAUUCAUUUUUCGUUUCAUUAGACAACAAAUUAAUUAUUAAUUAGUUUAAAUAAUCAUAAUUAUUAUUAGAGUGAUUUAUUAAAUAAAAAGUUAUAAAUAUCAAUAGUAUUUUCAAAUUUAUUUUGCGGCACCGGUAACUGAAAAAAUUCACACGCCAGAUAACCUUGAAAAAUUUUUCUACGAUGUUUAUAAAAAAAAUAAAUAAUUAAAUUACUUUGAUAAAUUUGUUUAAUUAACAAAUUAUUAAUUAAUAAUUAAUAAUGGCGACCCCGACCAAUGGAAAUGGUAAUUUAAUUGAUGAAUUUGAAGAAUCGCUACAGCAAUGUAUGAACAUACUUACCAAAGAAGAAGGAUUAUCAAACAACAGCAUCGGAAGUAGUCUGGCAGUAGACAAAGAAGAAGCCAAAGCAGAAGUCGAGCAAGUCGUCUCCCGUUUCAUAGACCUCGCGCGACAAACGGAAGCAUUUUUCCUACAAAAACGUUUCUUGUUGUCGGCACUAAAGCCCGAGUUACUUGUCAAGGAAGACAUCACCGAGCUAAGACAAGAGUUAGCACGAAAAGAUGAACUCAUAAAAAGACAUUACGACAAAAUAGCAACUUGGCAGCAUUUGCUCGCUGACUUGCAAGGUUGGGACAAAUCACUAGCCCAAGGAUCAGCACCCAAUGGAUUAGCGAAUGGUCAGGGUCCACAAGGACCACCAGGUCCCAAUGGAACACCGAAUCCUGUAAUGCAACAGCAGCAGCAACAGCAACAAAUUUUACAUCAGCAACAAUUACAGCAGCAACAGCAAUUGCAACACAUGCAGCAACACCAGAUGCAACAGCAGCAGCUUCAUCAGCAACAGGUACAACCAGGAGGCGCAGUGCCGCCAGGACUACAAGGAGUUAACGUGAAUCAGCAGGGAAUGUUCAUGGGCCAAGGAGUCGCCGGACGCCCGGGGUUUCCGGUCGGUGGAGUCGCCGGCGUGGGAGUGGGUAACAGUGCGCUGCAGGGUCCACUCGCGUUCCUGGAGAAGACGACGAGCAAUAUAGGGAUGCCGGAGAGGCGGAGUUGACGCGGAAGGGGGAGGGGGCGGGGACGGGGUCGUGGUAGAGGCCGAGGACGAGGUCGUGGUGCUGGUGGCGGACUGCCACCACCACCCCCGAUCCUCGACCCGAAUGAUCCUUCGUCCUAUGCUGCCGCAGCAGCUGCGGCCGCCGCCGUCGCCUCCUCGCCCCUUCCAUCUCAACAACAACAGCCUCCUCCCCCUCCUUGCACCUGAUAAAUCCUCUGCGGAGACCUUUUGUCUCCGGUUACUUUACUUUCGUAACUUUCCUGCUCAAACAUUCCAAAUAAUUUUUUUUUUAAUUAAAAAAUUACGUUUUUUAAUUAAAAAAAAAAUCACAUUUUUUACUUUUUUUUUCCAUUAAAAAAAAUUUUACAUCGCGACUUUUUUUUAUUUUUUUUUAGUUAAAAAAAAAAUUUACCACAAUUUUUUUUUAAAAAGAAACUAAUUGCAGAUCUUUCGAUUCUUUUUAAAAAAAAAUUUUAAAAAAUUUCAUACGAAUUUUUUACGAGAACGAGAUAAAAAUUUUUUAAAAAUAAAAUUAAUGAAAUAUUUUUAAAAAAUUUUUAUGUGUAAAAUAAUUAUUAUUUUAUUAUUUUAAGACUGGAGUGCAAAUAGUUUAAUUAUUUAAAUAUUAAUUACAAUCUUCAAGUAAACUUAUGUUAAAUAAUUGUUUUAAUUACUCAAAGAUUGUAUUUAUUAAAUCUUAUUAUUAUUUAUAAUUACAGUUAAUUAAAAUAUCUAUUAAUUUUAUGUAAAUUUAAAAUAGCCUAGAUCAUAAUUAAUAAUCACUAUUUAUAAGCCGCUAAAUAAUAGAACUUAUUUAUGUGUAUCUAGCAUUAGAAAAAAAAAAAAAAAAACGACCGAGUGAAUGUUAUUUUUUAUCAAAUAAAGACUUUCUAUAAUUUACUUCUCUCUCUUCUUUAACAAAAAUUAAAUUCAUUUUUUUUUCCACCGACAGCCUGAACAGUAAAAAAAAAAAAUUUUCAAUACAAUUUAUUUUUAUUUAUUUAUUAAUUAGUUACAAACUUUUACAGAAAACUAUCAAUUAAUUAAUGACUCUCCUUUCUCAUCCUGUACAACAAAUUAAUUUAAUAACUAAAUAGACACCUCAGAUAUUUUAUUUUAAAUCAUUUACUAAUUAAUUGUUAAUGUGUAAUUGUUAAUUGAGUAAUAGAAAUAUAAGGAGAGACAAAAAAAAUGGAUUUUUUUAAGCAAGAAUUUUUUAUUCGCUUAAAAAAAAUUUUUGCAUUACGAAUUAAAAAGAAAAAUUUUCUUGAAAAGAAAAAAAUUUUUGAACCAAUAAAUUUUUUCUAGUCCUAAGAAAAUUUUCUGAGAGCGAGAAAAAUUUCCGGGUACGAAAGAAAAUUUUCUUGGACCGAAAAAAAUUUUUUUCUAUUUCUAAAAAAAUUUUUUGGAGCAAAAAAAACUUUUUGAAGAAAGAAAAAUUUCGUGACACGAGAGAAAAUUUUCUUAAAGUGAAAAAAAUUUCCGGGUACGACAGAAAAUUUUCUUGGACCGAAAAAAAUUUUUUUCUAUUUCUAAAAAAAUUUUUUGGAGCAAAAAAACUUUUUGAGAAAAGAGAAAAAUUUCGUGACACGAGAAAAAAUUUUCUGGUACGAAAGAAAAUUUUUUUGGAGCGAGAAAAAUUUUUUUCUAUUUCUUCGAAAAUUUUUGAUUCUAUUUCAUAAUGAAAAAUUUUUACUUGACUCAAAAAAUCCAUUUUUUCUGUACACCGAUUUCACUAUUUUAUGUAAUAAAAUAAAUUUAAGAAAAUAAUAAACUAAGUAAAGCUGUACAAGGAAGAGAAGUCUAAGAGAAUCCAAAAGUAAAUAAUUAUUAUUCAAGU